AUGUCUGACAGUUGGCAGUUCGUUGGCACCCUCUCGGGCCACCGCGACUGGGUCACCGCCAUUGCUUGCACCUAUGAGCAGAGCAACCUGGUGGUCUCUUCCUCGCGAGAUAAGACCCUGAUGAUCUGGGAGCUGACUCCGGAUGGCGAGAACCCUGGCUAUGCCCGAAGGUCUCUCCAUGGCCACGGUGAGGCUGUUGCCAGUUCCGUGCUGUCGUCUGAUGGCCAGUAUGCCCUGUCUGGCUCCUGGGACAAGACCAUGCGCCUGUGGGAUUUGAACACCGGUGCCACUGUUCGAACCUUUAAGGGCCACACCAAGGACGUGAACAGUGUUGCCUUCUCCGGUGACAACCGUCAGAUCGUGUCCGGCAGCCGUGACAAGACCAUCAAGCUCUGGAACACCGUGGCAGAGUGCAAGUACACUAUCGUUGAGGACAUGCACACGGACUGGGUGAGCUCUGUUGGCUUCUCCCCCUCUGCCAAGAUGCCCUUGCUCGUGUCUGCUGGUUGGGACAAGCUGGUGAAGGUGUGGAACCUGAGCAAUUGCAAGCUGCGCACCAACCUUGUGGGCCACACCGGCGUGGUCUAUGCCACCACCGUGUCCCCUGACGGCUCCCUGUGUGCCUCCGGCGGCAAGGACGGCACCAUGAUGCUUUGGGAUGUCAACGAGGGCAAGCACCUGUACUCGCUGGACGCGGGUGGCACCAUCAACGCCCUGACCUUCAGCCCCAAGAACUACUGGCUCACCGCAGCCACGGACACCACCAUCCGCGUUUGGGACCUGGAGAACAAGCAGGUGACUGAGGAGCUGAGCGCCAUCAACCCCUCCAAGAACGGCAUCCCUUGGUGCGUCUCCCUGUCCUGGAACGCUGACGGCAGCCUCUUCUUUGCCGGCUCCACAGAUGGCAACAUCUACGUCUACAGGGUGGAGCCGCAGUGA